AUGUACAGGAUGAAGUCUUCUUCGUUCCUUGGGUUUCCGAUGAUGAGGAAACCCUCGUCGGGACUGAGGAAGAUUUUGUUUCUGAUGAUGGUGCCGACUGCGAUUUUGCUCGUCCGUUACCGUUUACAGGACCAUUCCCCUAUCUCAGAUCAGAAGCAACUCGCGGCUCAACCGCAGGGGCUACGACCCGGGGAAGUGAUUGGUGAUACAUCAAUUUCUGGAGAUGACAAUACAAGCCCUUACAAAUUAUCAGUGCCCGGUCUCGUGGAUGCUGGUGUGUCCGAAGAGGGUUCACAGGAGGGCGUCGUUGCCGGCACACUCGACUCGUAUAGCCAGGCUUUAGAGCUCGAUAGUGAUUCGUGGCGUCGCUACAUUAAGCCGCAUGAAAGCAAAGAAGAUGUCGCCAUCGUGGCAGCUCGGUCUGGGCCCGAGUCAACAGACUGGAUCGAAGAAUUCUGUGAGGACUAUCUUUGCACAUCACACAUUUACUCGCUCGACGAGUUUCCCGAGGAAGAAUUUCUCGUUCCGCACUCUCGAAAAGGUCACGAAGCAAGUGCCUAUUUGAGCUAUAUUGUCGACAACUACGACAAUCUCUCACCCUACACUAUCUUCAUCCACGGCCGAGCAGAGCAAUGGCACAACGAUGUUGCCGGACCGCUCACCCCGAAGGUCCUGGAGAACCUUCGCUACGAGGCCGUGGGAAUCAACGGCUACGUGAAUUUACGAUGCACAAACAAACCCGGUUGCCCGAGCACAUUAUUCCAGGCAAACCCUGUUACACUCGAUUGGGAUUACCAGUAUUUGAUUGAACAACUCCCCGAAGUGCUAGGUUACCUUCUUGGCAUUGACCCGAGUCAGACGCCGCAAGACAUUGGACACCAGUGCUGCGCGCAAUUCGCAGUGACAAAGGAGCGGAUUCAGGAAAGGCCGAUGGAGGAUUAUAUUCGCAUUCUGGAUUGGGUUGCUAAUACCGAUUUGACGGACAAUUAUGGUAUUGGGUGGUUGAUUGAGAAACUGUGGCAUAUCAUCUUUGGAAUGCCUGCUGUGCAGUAA